AGUCGCCGCAUCACCAACCGCAACACGUCUGGGCACGAACAAAGAACAAUGGCAAAAAACGAGGAGGAUGGGCCAACACCUCCACAAUACAGCAUCUUUAGGGGGGCACAAGAACCCGUCUUUGCUCUUUCGGCUGUUGGCGAGUGGAAAUUGAGACCUAUAGAAAUAGUGAACAGAUUCUUUGAUGGCUCGGUUAGCGGCGCAACUUCUGUAUGUGAUGCUCUGAUACGCCCUAAUCCCCUUUUGAAACAGGGAAUCGCAUUGCGAAGACACGCCACAUUUUUGGGAAAGAGCCAGUGCUGCUCCUGUUCAUUGGGGAUAUCGGGCCCUCUAUGCAAAUCAUCCAACUCUUUUCUUUCAACCUUGCACAUCAUCACUAUGCGACCCUCUAAACAACAACGACAACACAGAUAUUUCGCUGGCAAAAAAAAAAAAGGUAAUAGUAUCCCUUACACGGGGUUCUCCGCCCUCGAGGGUUCCACACAAACUCACACCACAACGACAGAACAAAAAACUCUUUUCUGCAACACCGAGCGAAGAACGCAUCAAUCUGUAACAGGAUGUAUAGGUGAUACCGUUACCGUCCCUGUUCAGUAUGCCCAACACUUACACACUAUACCGCCGGAAGGGAGCUGCCAGGAGACGCCACAGGGCGAUUUAGAAGAAGAGAAAAGGUUUAUGACCGGAUGGGGUAACAGACAUUUGCGGUAUAGCGCAACAAGAUACACUCCUACUCUCUAUCGAACGGCGGACGAGAGCAAUGUAAAAAGUGAAUCGGAGUAUGGGGAGGAAGGGGGGACUGAAAGGGAAAAAGGUGCGCAAGAGGAUGUGUUUCGUCCGCGCUCGAUUUCGAUAAAUUCAAGCCCUUUAUUGGCCGUGUCGUCGGACGACAUUCAGCUGUUGCUCCCCGCAUCAGAUCACAUCAGCAAUCAUAAUAAUAAUUUGCUUUUGUGGAGAUAUUGGCUUCCUCCUACCAGUUAUCAACCCAUCCUUGUUACAGCCAUCCUCACCGAACAGAAAUCCUACUCGAUACAUACUCCUAUAAGAGGCGAGCUCUCUACGCCCAUGCAGCCGCCAGGGUCAGGUCACGUAUGGGUCGCUGACCAUUCGCUGUUUGGAACGAGGGAAUCGAAGCUCAGAAGAAAACCGAAACGAAGUCCUUUGGACGCCUUCCUUACACCUGACGCACCACACAGGGACGCUGUUAACCAUCCGCCACCCGGGGGGCACAAUGAUGAUGGGGAUGGUGAUCGAUCAUGA